AUGUUUUCGAAUAAGACUCUCAACUGGGUGCACAAAAUGCCUGAGAUCAUAGGUAAGUUAAUGAAGCCCGAUGGGUCAGUCACGACCGAAUUAGAGAAGCAAGUUUCACAAGCUUUGGUUGAUUUGGAAAGCAGUCAAGACAUCAAGUCUCAGCUUCGUGAACUUUACAUCGUUGGAGUUCGGGAAAUUGAAAUCGGAAACAAAUCAGUGAUUGUUGUAUAUGUUCCCGUUCCACAACUGAAGCAGUUCCACAAAGUGCAAGUGCGACUCGUUCGUGAGCUUGAGAAGAAGUUCGGAGGAAAACAUGUGCUGUUUCUGGCCAAGGUUUGUUGA